AUGGCGACACAGUGUCGUCUGGUCACUGCUCAGGAGCAGCCCUUUCAAAACCUUCCAAUCAACGAGUGCAUCGGUGUUGCAGGCCUGACAUGGACGACCACACAGACUUGGCUGGAAUGGAAUACAACAUCACUGGCUGGGGUGGGCUCGAGUCGUCAGGCGCUGGUCGUUGAAGAGCGCGCAGCAUUGAUCAUGCCUGAAGUGCUGCAGCAGACGCCUGUCACGGUGCUGAGCACCAGGUGCUGCUGGAAACUCUGGGAAGGGACGCGCAGGGGUUUGCGAGGCAUCCGCGGCCGCGCUCUGUUCCUGUUUGGCUUGGGGUGA